AUGCUGACUCAGCGUCUGAAGACUAGCCUGCUCAUCCUGGCACUCUCCCUUGCCUCCAUCGCAAUUCGGUCGCCUUUCCAGAAGGCCAGGCAGGCAUCAUCCAGGAGCAUGGCGACGCAGCAAACGUCACGUACAGUGGUCAAAUCUGUGCUGGCCAUUGAGCAAGAAGAGGGCAUUGGCGCUCGUGUGCGACGCUCAAUCGGCACAGCAGCCUUGCAGAAUUUGUCACCCUUCCUGAUGCUCGACCACUUCCGCGUACCGCGUGGGGCCGGCUUCGGCGACCAUCCCCAUCGGGGGUUCAGUACGCUCACGAUGAUGCUCAAGGGAAUGUCGAGGCAUGAGGACUCAAAGGGUCACGCUGGCGAGCUCAAGACGGGUGGCGUGCAAUUCAUGAAAGCGGGCCGAGGGAUCAUGCAUUCCGAAGUGCCCGUGCAUGUCGAGGGUGAGCCAGACCCGGAGGGUAUGCAGCUCUGGAUAGACUUGCCGAAAGCCAACAAACUCGAUGCGCCAUCCUAUCACGAGCUUGACGCAGAAGAGAUACCGGCAGCCUAUCCUCUCGGAAAGCAUGGCGGGAUUGAGAUCAAGGUCCUAGCCGGUGCGAGUCCUGACCAAUCGACCGCAGCCGUUGAGGGACCUAUUCAUGAAGUCAGCGGUGGCGGACUUGUCUAUCUUGACGUGCGCUUCAGCGAGAGCCAAGUGGCGUACUUUCAAUCUAUGCCUGUCGGCUGGACUGCCUUUGUCUAUGUCAUUGCUGGCUCUGCAGAGAUUGGCGGUGUUGCGACCCAGACUUAUCACACAGCCGUGCUGAGCUCAGCGCAAGAUCAGACCGGCAUCACACUGCUCAGCAAGUCAGCAGAUGCUCGGCUGCUCGUCGUGGCUGGCAAAGCGCUCAAUCAGACAGUCUACCAGCAUGGUCCUUUCGUCAUGUGUAGUCGGGAAGAUGUGAUACAGACGAUCUACGAUUUCCAGCAAGGCAAGAACGGCUUCGAGGGCGCUGCGGAAUGGCAGUCCAAGAUCGGGUCUCCAGUUUUGAGCGGCAAUGACGGCGAUGUGGUCGGCCAAAGCAGCGGAAGUGAUCGAGCGACCCGGCAAGAGAUUAUGGGCACACAUGGCACCGGAACACUGGGCGAGACCUUAUUGGAGAUCAGAGCGACCCGUGAAACUCUCGAGCAACAGCAACAAUACGACCAGCGAUCUCUUCGACCCGAAUCGCGCAGCAAGAUUGUUGAUCAGAUCAGAGUGGGCAGACGAGACUUGCCGGCCCAGAUGACGACCGAAACUGCAAGAUUCUCGUCUGAACUGGCGGCAAAGACCAGGUGGACGGGCUCGCUUCUUGCGAGCAUGUCAUCCAGGGAUCAGCAUAGAAUUUGUCUGCACCGCUUACACAUCUGCGACAUAGGCAAAGCAAGACUUGGCAGCCGGUAA